AUGGGUCGUUCGAAUUCGGAUGGUGUGUCUCACUCUCUUCAUCCUUUUCUUUCCUCCUCCCGCGUCCAGGCUCAAUAUACUUAUGAACGUCUUGUGUGUGAGUCUCUCACGCUGCUUCUCAUUGCCAAUAUGUCUUCCAAGCGCAAGGCACCACCGCCCGUCAACGGCGCAGUAAUCAAGAAGGCCAAGACGUCCUCCUCUUCUUCUUCUUCCUCCUCCCUCACUGAUCCUCACCCCUUCUACAAGGACGCUGAGGAGCAUGGCAUCGUGCUGCGCAAGUACUAUCCCCACGAGAUGAGCAACUCCCGCGCCCUGGCGUACAACGAGAACAAGCUGCCGCGCCCCAUCGAACAGCUGCAGGCUGCCCAGCAGGAGACAGCCGCAGCUCGCAGGAAAGUCCAGGUCGGCGAUGCCGUCGUCCACUGGUUCAAGAUGGACCUGCGGACGGCAGACAACACGGCGCUGUCUAUGGCCUCAACCAAGGCCAAGGAAGCCGGCGUGCCGCUCAUCGGUCUGUUUGUGGUCAGCCCACAAGACUGGGAGGCGCACUUCACUGCACGUAUUCGCAUCGACUUCAUGAUGCGGACGCUCGAGGUGCUGAGGGCGGAUCUGGCCAAGCUGGACAUCCCGUUGCACAUCGAGACGGUGGGGCGGCGUAAGUAUGUCCCGGUCAGGAUCGCGAGUCUAAUGGAGGAGUGGGGCGCGAAACAUCUCUUCACCAACAUGGAGUAUGAGGUCGACGAACUGCGACGUGAGGCAAGCAUCGUGAGGCUGCUAGCAGAGAGAGGCAUGGCGUUUGAGGUUGUUCAUGACACGUGCGUGGUCCCGCCGGGCAAGUUGAUAACCGGUGCGGGAAGACAAUACGCCGUGUAUUCACCUUGGUUCCGUUCUUGGGUUGCUCAUAUCCAUACGAACCUGGACUUGCUCGAGGAGUUUGACGCGCCAGCGAGAAAUCCUGCCACGGCGCGUCAAAAAUUCGAAAAGCUGUUUGGCAGCAGUAUACUAGAGGCACCGCUGGACAAGCGGCUCUCGGCUGAGGAUGGGAAGAGGUACGAAGCGCUUUGGCCAGCCGGAGAGCACGAGGCAUUCAAACGACUUGGGAAAUUCUGCCAAGAGAGAAUCAACUCGUACGGUGCAAACCGUAACUUUCCGGCGGCCAACAGCACCUCGUCGCUCUCUGUACACCUUGCCAGCGGUACCAUCAGCGCGAGGGCGUGUAUUAGGGCGGCGAGGGACAACAACUCGAUCAAGAAGUUGGAUGGUGGCAAUCAGGGGAUUCAGACGUGGAUCAGCGAGGUAGCAUGGCGAGAUUUCUACAAGCAUGUGUUAGUGAACUGGCCAUAUGUCUGCAUGAACAAACCCUUCAAGCCCGAGUAUUCCAAUAUCGAGUGGUCCUACGAGAAGGAGCAUUUUACCGCCUGGGCUCGGGGCCAGACAGGCUUUCCUAUUGUUGAUGCCGCCAUGAGGCAAGUACAACACAUGGGCUGGAUGCACAACCGCUGCAGGAUGAUCGUGGCCUCCUUUCUCUGCAAGGACCUCCUCCUCGACUGGCGCAUGGGCGAGCGGUUUUUCAUGGAGAACCUCAUCGAUGGUGACUUUGCCUCCAACAACGGUGGCUGGGGCUUCUCUGCGUCGGUCGGUGUGGACCCUCAGCCGUACUUUCGGGUGUUCAACCCGCUGCUGCAGAGCGAGAAGUUCGACGCGGAUGGUGAGUAUAUUCGCAAGUGGAUCCCAGAGCUGAGAGAAGUGAAGGGCAAAGCCAUCCACGACCCAUAUGGGCGAGGGGCGGCGGCGAUCGCCAAGAAGGGAGGCUACCCAAAGGCCAUUGUCGAACACAAGGGUUGUCGCGAAAGAGCAUUGGCGGCGUAUAAAAAGGGCAUUGCCGCUGACAUAUAGUGCUGUGUGUAUUUGUGUGCUCGAGACAUAGCUGCAUUAUUUUUUCCC